ACAGAACAAUGUCACAGAGCGAACUGCUAACAGAGUUGGCUAAAGUGCAGUGGAAUGGUAACCUGAAGGAAUACACGGAUCGGUUUGCGACUGUAGCGGAGCGGGGCAUGAGUCUUACCCCUGCCGAACUCGCGGAAUACUACUGCACAGGGCUACCGACUGACCUCCAUCUCUCAAUAACUAAUGACAGACAAGUGAAAUACCUGACGUGGGAACAAGCGGCGACAGCCGCAACACGGCUCUACGAGCCCAAGCAGAGCGUGCUGGAACUCCGCGAAAGAAACAGUCGAGCCAUUAGGGCUAUCAUGCAAGCUAAUGGACCCGUGGGCGCCAGGAAAUAG